AUGCUCAGCUUUGUGGAUUUACGGACUUUGUUGCUGCUUGCAGUGACUUUAUACCUAGUAACAUGUCAAGGUCAGUGGUCCCAGAGGAGAUAAGGGCCCACUCGGAGAACAGGGACCCCCAGGAAGACCAGGCAGAGAUGGUGAAAAUGGACAGCCCGGAUUACCCGGCCCCCCUGGACCCCCUGGACUCGGUGGAAAUUUUGCUGCUCAGUUUGAUCCUUCCAAAGCUGCCGAACCUGGCCAACAGGGUAUCAUGGGACCAAGAGGACCUCCAGGACCCCCUGGAUCUCCUGGCUCUCAAGGUUUCCAAGGUCUUCCCGGAGAACCCGGUGAACCCGGUCAAACUGGCCCUGUAGGAUCCAGAGGACCCACUGGUGCCUCAGGCAAACCUGGUGAAGAUGGUCAUGCUGGCAAAGCUGGAAGACCUGGUGAGAGAGGACCCGUCGGCCCACAGGGUGCUCGUGGUUUCCCCGGAACUCCUGGUCUCCCUGGAUUCAAAGGCAUUAGAGGACACACUGGUUCAGAUGGUCAGAAAGGAGCUCCUGGAGUUUCUGGUGUGAAGGGAGAAAAUGGUGCUAAUGGUGAAAAUGGUUCCCCAGGUCAAGCUGGUGCUCGCGGUCUCCCCCGUGAGAGAGGACGUGUUGGAUCACCUGGCUCUGCUGGUCCUCGUGGAAGUGAUGGCAGUUCUGGCCCAGUUGGACCUGCUGGCCCAAUCGGUUCAGCUGGUGCUCCUGGUCUUCCCGGUGCUCCUGGUGCCAAGGGUGAGCUAGGACCUUCUGGUAACACUGGCUCAGGUGGUGCUGCUGGAGGAAGAGGCGAGCCUGGACCCCCUGGUGCUCUUGGACCUGUCGGACCUCCUGGAAACCCUGGUGCUAAUGGUGUGAAUGGAGCUAAAGGUGCAGCUGGUCUUCCUGGUGUAGGUGGUGCUCCUGGACUCCCUGGAGGUCGUGGUAUUCCUGGACCUCCCGGACCUAAUGGACCAUCUGGUGCAAGAGGUCUUGCUGGUGACCCUGGAGUUUCUGGUGGCAAAGGAGACACUGGAGCCAAAGGAGAACCUGGUGCCAUUGGUCAAAAUGGUCCCGCUGGGUCCUUCUGGUGAGGAAGGAAAGAGAGGUCCCAAUGGAGAGGCUGGAUCUUCUGGUCCUUCUGGCAGUGCUGGAAUUAGAGGUGUUCCCGGAACUCGUGGUCUGCCUGGACCUGAUGGUAGAGCUGGUGGAUUAGGCCCCGCUGGUAACCGUGGUGCUUCUGGUUCUCCUGGUGCCAGAGGUCCUAAUGGAGAUGCUGGACGCCCUGGAGAGCCUGGUCUUCUCGGUGCAAGAGGUCUUCCCGGUUUCUCUGGCAGCACUGGUCCCCAAGGCAAAGAAGGUCUUGCUGGUCCCCAAGGUAUUGAGGGUCGUUCUGGUCCAGCUGGUCCUGCUGGUGCUAGAGGUGAACCUGGUGCUAUUGGAUUCCCUGGACCCAAAGGUCCCAAUGGUGAGCCUGGCAAGAACGGAGAUAAGGGAAGCCAAGGACCCUCUGGAAACAGGGGAGCUCCUGGACCUGACGGAAACAAUGGUGCUCAAGGUCCCAUUGGCCUUGGUGGUCCUACAGGUGAGAGAGGUGAACAAGGUCCCUCUGGUGCUCCAGGUUUCCAGGGUCUGCCUGGUCCUGGUGGUCCUCCUGGAGAAGUUGGCAAACCCGGUGAAAGAGGUGCUCCUGGUGACUUUGGUCCUCCUGGUACUGCUGGCCCAAGAGGUGAACGUGGUGCCCCUGGUGAAAGCGGUGCUGCUGGCCCUCUUGGACCUUUGGGAGCCCGUGGCCCAUCUGGAGCUCCUGGAACUGAUGGACAAAAGGGAGAGCCCGGUGUUGCUGGUUUGAAUGGAGGCCUUGGACCUUCUGGCCCUGUUGGUAUUCCUGGAGAAAGAGGUACUGCUGGAGGUCCUGGAGGCAAAGGAGAGAAGGGUGAUGCUGGAGGUGCUGGAGAAUACGGCAACUCAGGAAGAGAUGGCGCUCGUGGUCCAGCUGGUGCUGCUGGUGCCCCCGGUCCUGCUGGUGGUCCUGGUGAUAGAGGUGAAUCUGGUCCUGCUGGUCCCUCUGGUGUUGCUGGUCCUCGUGGUACCCCAGGUGAACGUGGUGAGGCCGGUCCCGCUGGUACAACUGGCUUUGCUGGUCCUCCUGGUGCAGCUGGUCAUGCUGGAGCUAAAGGAGAGAGAGGACCCAAAGGUCCCAAAGGAGAAUCUGGUUCCCCUGGUCCCCUCGGUGCCCAUGGCAGUGCUGGCCCAGCUGGUGCAAAUGGUCCUGCUGGAAGCACUGGAGCUCGUGGUGAUGGCGGUCCCUCUGGUGCUACUGGAUUCCCUGGUCCCGCUGGUAGAGUAGGAACUCCUGGACCCGCUGGCUCUCUUGGUCCUUCUGGCCCAACUGGACAGCCUGGCAAAGAUGGCCCAAGAGGUGGUCGUGGUGAUUCUGGUCCUAUUGGUCGUCCCGGUGAACAAGGUCAGCAUGGCCCCUCAGGUCUUGCUGGAGAUAAAGGCCCAUCUGGAGAAGCUGGCCCUGCUGGACCCCCUGGUGCCGCUGGUCCCUCUGGUGUUCUGGGUUCUCGUGGUAUUGUUGGUCUUCCUGGAACAAGAGGAGAACGUGGUCUUCCUGGUGGACCUGGUUCAAACGGUGAGGCUGGCCCCGCUGGUCUUGCUGGUUCUGCCGGAGGUCGUGGUCCCCCUGGCGCUGUUGGUUCUCCUGGUCCCGUCGGUCAUUCCGGAGAGGCUGGUCGUGAUGGUCACCCUGGUAACGAUGGUCCUCCUGGUCGUGACGGUCUUCCAGGCGCUAAGGGAGAGCGUGGUUACCCUGGCAAUACUGGACCCUCUGGUCUUGCUGGAGCUCCUGGCUCUAUUGGUGCUGCUGGUCCUUCUGGUAAAUCUGGAAACCGUGGUGAGCCUGGUCCAUCUGGUUCUACUGGUUCCACUGGCCCUGCUGGUCCUAGAGGUCCUUCUGGUCCACAAGGUGGUCGUGGUGACAAGGGUGAGGCUGGAGAGAGAGGAGGCAGAGGUAUGGAUGGUCGCAAAGGACACAACGGUCUGUCAGGUCUUCCUGGUCCCGCUGGUACUCCUGGUGAGACUGGUGCCGCUGGUUCUAUUGGUCCCGUUGGUCCAAGGGGUCCCUCUGGUCCCUCUGGUCCUCCAGGCAAAGAGGGUCGUUCUGGACAUCCUGGUGCCAUGGGUCCCGUUGGUCCACGUGGUCCUGCUGGUUUCACUGGUCCCGCUGGUCCUCCUGGUCCCCCUGGUCCUCCUGGUCACGCUGGUCCAUCUGGUGGUGGAUAUGAUGGUGGUGAUGGCGGUGAAUUCUACAGAGCUGACCAGCCUGCUCGCAAACCUAAGGAUUAUGAAGUUGAUGCCACUCUGAAAUCCCUGAACCAACAAAUUGAGGUCAUCCUGACCCCAGAAGGCUCCAAGAAGAACCCUGCUCGUACUUGCCGUGACUUAAGACUCAGCCACCCCGACUGGACAAGUGGAUUCUACUGGAUUGACCCCAACCAAGGCUGCACUUCUGAUGCUAUCAGAGUCUUCUGCGACUUCUCUUCUGGUGAGACUUGCAUUCACGCCAACCCAGACCAAAUUCCACAGAAGAACUGGUACAUCAACACCUCAAACAAGGAGAAGAAGCACCUCUGGUUCGGCGAGACUAUUAACGGAGGCACAGAGUUUGAAUAUCACGACGAAGGAGUCUCUGCCAAGGACAUGGCCACUCAACUCGCCUUCAUGCGCCUGUUGGCUAACCAAGCCUCUCAGAACAUCACCUACCACUGCAAGAACAGCAUUGCCUACAUGGAUGAAGAGACUGGAAACCUGAAGAAGGCCGUCAUACUGCAAGCAUCCAACGAUGUAGAGCUGAGGGCAGAAGGCAACACUAGAUUCACUUAUAGUGUCCUUGAAGAUGGUUGCACGAAACAUACUGGUGAAUGGGGCAAAACAGUCAUGGAAUACAGAACCAACAAGCCGUCACGUUUACCCAUCCUAGACAUUGCACCUUUGGACAUUGGUGGUCACGAUCAAGAAAUUGGAAUUGAAGUUGGCCCAGUCUGUUUCAAAUAA